GACACUAAUGACACUGACAAGUGCAAUGGCAGUUAGUAAUGGUAAUAUUUUGUGAAAAGGAAUAAUAAAACUUAAUAAAAAAUAUAUAUGUAAAUUUUUAAACUUAAAAUUUUAUAGCCCACAUUGUAUUUUUUCACUAACAAAAUAAUUUAUAGGAAUACACAAUAAAUAUGUCAUCAGGCCGGCCCAUUAAAUGUGUGGUUGUUGGAGAUGGAACCGUAGGAAAAACUUGUAUGCUCAUUUCUUAUACCACAGAUAGUUUUCCUGGCGAAUAUGUUCCGACAGUGUUUGACAAUUAUUCCGCCCCAAUGGUAGUUGAUGGAAUUUCUGUUAGUUUAGGACUUUGGGAUACUGCAGGUCAAGAGGAUUAUGAUAGGUUACGACCUCUAUCCUAUCCACAGACAGAUGUUUUUUUGAUAUGUUUCAGUGUAGCAUCGCCAUCCUCUUUUGAAAAUGUUACUUCUAAGUGGUAUCCUGAAAUUAAACAUCACUGUCCAGAUGCACCCAUUAUAUUAGUUGGUACGAAAAUAGAUUUAAGAGAUGAUAGAGAAACUUUGAAUUCUCUUGCUGAUCAAGGUCUCAGUCCUAUAAAAAGAGAACAAGGACAAAAAUUGGCCAAUAAGAUUAGAGCUGUAAAAUAUAUGGAAUGCUCGGCUUUAACUCAGAGGGGUCUUAAACAGGUAUUUGAUGAAGCUGUUAGGGCAGUACUCCGACCCGAACCUCAAAAAAGGCGCCAACGCAAAUGUUUGGUUAUGUAACCUAUUUGGUUAUAUAUUUUUGGAAGUCUCUAAAUUUAAUACUCAUUUUGAUAA